GGGCCUCGGCCCUCUCCCCAGCUGUAGAAAAUGGUGAAAGAAACCACUUACUAUGAUGUUUUGGGGGUCAAACCCAAUGCCACCCAAGAAGAACUGAAAAAGGCCUACAGGAAACUGGCCUUAAAGUACCACCCUGAUAAGAAUCCAAAUGAAGGAGAGAAGUUUAAACAGAUUUCUCAAGCUUACGAAGUACUCUCUGAUGCAAAGAAAAGGGAAUUAUAUGACAAAGGAGGUGAACAGGCAAUUAAAGAAGGUGGAGCUGGUGGUGGUUUUGGCUCCCCCAUGGACAUCUUUGAUAUGUUUUUUUUUGGAGGAGGAAGAAUGCAGAGAGAAAGGAGAGGUAAAAAUGUUGUGCAUCAGCUCUCAGUAACCUUAGAAGAUUUAUAUAAUGGUGCAACAAGAAAACCAGCUCUGCAAAAGAAUGUGAUUUGCGAUAAAUGUGAAGGCCGAGGUGGUAAGAAAGGAGCAGUUGAGUGUUGUCCCAAUUGCCGAGGUACUGGAAUGCAAAUAAGAAUUCAUCAAAUAGGACCUGGAAUGGUUCAGCAAAUUCAGUCUGUGUGCAUGGAUUGCCAGGGCCAUGGGGAACGGAUCAGUCCUAAAGAUAGAUGUAAAAGCUACAAUGGAAGGAAGAUAGUUCGAGAGAAGAAGAUUCUAGAAGUUUAUAUUGACAAAGGCAUGAAAGAUGGCCAGAAGAUAACAUUCCAUGGUGAAGGAGACCAAGAACCAGGACUGGAACCAGGAGAUAUUAUCAUUGUUUUAGAUCAGAAGGACCAUGCUGUUUUUACUCGGCGAGGAGAAGACCUUUUCAUGUGUAUGGACAUACAGCUGGUUGAAGCACUGUGCGGUUUCCAAAAGCCAAUAUCUACUCUGGACAACCGAACCAUUGUCAUCACCUCUCAUCCAGGUCAAAUUGUCAAGCAUGGAGAUAUCAAGUGUGUGCUAAAUGAAGGCAUGCCAAUUUAUCGUAGGCCAUAUGAGAAGGGUCGCCUCGUCAUCGAAUUUAAGGUAAACUUUCCUGAGAAUGGCUUUCUGUCUCCUGAUAAACUCUCUUUGCUGGAAAAACUCCUACCUGAGAGGAAGGAAGUAGAAGAGACUGAUGAAAUGGACCAGGUAGAACUGGUGGACUUUGAUCCAAAUCAGGAAAGACGGCACCAUUACAAUGGGGAAGCAUAUGAGGAUGAUGAACAUCAUCCCAGGGGUGGUGUUCAGUGUCAGACCUCUUAAUGGGGCCAGUGAAUAACACUGCUGGCAUUUUAUGUGCAGUAGUGAAUGAGUGAAGGACUAUAAUCAUAGCUCACUACUUGCUAUUGUUUUUGUUUUAAUAUUCAACUAUAGUAGUGUUUUAAAAGUUAAAUGAAGAAUAAACUCAAAUAUAAAA